GGGUGCAGCAUCUCCCCGUCCCCAGGAGAGGCUCUUGCGCGGCUUCUUUCGGCCCCCGGUUUCCGCAGCCUCAGGAUUUCCGUUUCGCUGCUCGUUCGGAGAGAUUUCGGUCUCCGGGGCGCUGAAGCGGCGCGCUUUUGGAGAACUCCGCCGCCGGGACGCUUUGCAAGCGAGCAGGGCUUUCGCCUCGGCAGCUUCCGAGGCAUGGAGCAAGCCGGCGAUGCCGAUCCGGCCGAGCUGGCGCCGGGGGCUCGCCUUCUCCUGGCCUUCAAGGAGUUCCUGAGCUCCCGCAAAGGGCUGUUGCUGACGGCCCAGGCGGUACUGUCAUUUAUCAUCUUCAUCUGUUAUAUUGCCUCAACAGCUGCAUCUUUUUUAAUGGUACCAUUAUUAACAUUUCUGCUGGCCCUGUGCUUUUUCUUUGUAAAUUCCUUAAAGCUGAAUGAGAAGUCCAAAGGAAUCUACUGGGUUUUGGCGGAUUUCUUAUGCGGCAUCAUCGCUGCUAUUAUCUACUUCGCCAUCUCCAUUGCUGCAGUCUCCAAGUAUACUGACACCGCAUCCAAGGCAGCAGGGGUAUUUGGCUUUAUCGCCACCAUUGUCUAUUGCGUUUACGUCUACUUUACCUUUAACGGCCUGGUAACACUUCUCAAGCAAGGAGAGUCUUCAGAUGCCGAGCCACGUAAAUCAGAAGAUGAUUCAGAUUCAGACUCAGACAGAAGCUCAGAGCCUUGAUGGAUUGCUGAACCAGAACGGAGAGAGGACAAAGGACGUGUCCUUUCAUUUUAGCCUUUGUAACCUGUUUAUGAACUUGUAUUUUUCUAUCAUUGUACAGAACAUGACCAAAGCCACUGCCAAAGAACCCCCAAUCUCAUGGGGAACUUACUCAGAAAAACUUGAUCUGUUGCUGUUUGAGCCUUCAUGUUUGAGCCUUUACCUUUCCUCAUUCAGCACUACAGCGUACUGUGUAGACAUGCGCUUUUAAAAUUAAACCUUUUAUAAACAGGCUUGGUUUAUAGAACCAGGGUUGAAUGUAUAUAGAGCAUUGCACCAGGCAAGCAUGGAGUUCAUUUGGUACUGGGCACAGAACUCUGACCGACCUUGUGAACUUUGGAAGCCUUGCUAAAAAUUUAGUUUUCUACACUGAGGUUUUUUUUAAAAUGUAUCUAUAUUUUUAAGUUAGAGAGAAGAGGUAAACAAAGAGCUGGGUCAACUUUUGCUGGAGACAUAGAUGCCGGAAAAGGAUGCAAAGGGGGCGUAUUAAAUCAUGAUUGAAUGCUAACAUUAUGUGCAAAGAUGUGCAAGAGUCCCAACUCGUUUAGGGUUGCUUUUAAAGGAAAAGCAGUAGGGUUACAGUAACCCCAGUAGCUCAGCUGGGGAAUUUUAGACCCUCGACUUAAUGGAAUUGGGAAGUGGGGGGCUUUAGAUGGCCAUAUGUAUCACUUCAAUUGCAGAGCGCAGAAUUCACAUUUCUCAUCUCCUCCCUGGCCACAAUCCAGGCUUUAUAACUGCUUCUACAUUCCUGGUGUGUUAAAGCAACAAACCCAAAUUAAAAAGAAAGGAAUUCUAAGCACGGGCAUUUUAGACUAAAAUCCUAGCACCAUCAUGACUACAUCUACAGGAAUGAAAUGGACCUUGUUGCUUCUGUUGUCCCGAUGUCCUCAUUACCUGUCACUCCCUGGGCGGUCAUUUGGGGACCUCCUCUAAGAUCCCAAGCCCCGGGUUUCAACCCCAAUGUCUUUGGUCCUUAUCCUGCCCACCAUUUCUGUACUCCAUAUGCCCCCCAACACACACAUACACACACACACACACACACACACACACACACAGAGAGAGUUUCCUACUUUGUGUUUAGCUUUCUGCCAUGAUGCUGAGAGAGUAACUGGAGUUAAGCAUCCCUGUUGCUUCUCCACAUUAUGGCCUUCCCUUCCAAAGCUGCUACUCCUUAAAAAAAACAGCAGCAGCAAGGCUCUUGACCAAUUUGCAUGCAACAUGUAGUUAGUUCCUAAGGUGCAGCAUACUUGAGCUGAUAGAUGCCAGUAGACAUACAGCUGCCAAGCAUAGCAUGGCCUUGGUUCUCUAUAAAUGCCAUCCUUUUGGUCAUUUUUUUUUAAAGGAAAGGUUGUAGCCAAGUAGUAGAGCACCUGCUUUGGAAGCUGCUAUUUGCAUUGGGAGGAAAUCCCCAAAAAGCAAAUAGUUUCAGAAAAGGUAUCUUCCGUAGGAGCACCGCAGGGAAAGAAAGGCUUACGUUCACCCUCUGCUUGCUCUGAUCGUUGUAAUAAUUAGUGCCCCUUACAGCUCAUGCUAUUUGCACUUUUUAAAGCCUACAAAUUAGAUGCACAGAUGCAUUUAACAUCACAUGUAAUACGGCCCCGAGACACUAAAAAACUGCAGUGAGUCAGGGUAGUAUCAAUACAAACACUCCAGGUGUGAGAGACAUACAACCUAACACUAGGCCAGCUAGUUACAAAAUGUAUAAUAAUUAGAGGUACAGUUGUGCCAAUUGGUUUACAAUUCUAAACAGUCACUCAGGAUUUCAAAGCAACUACAAUCAGAUAUGCUGGUCUAUUUCAAAACAGAAAUAGACCAGCAUUACUGAUAUAGUUGUUUGAAAUAGACCAGCAUAUCUGACCUACUUAGUUUUGAACUCUUAUAAUCAUCAAUCAAUUGCACAAUAGUACCUCAAAUUAAUUUAAGUGUUGUAACUAACUGGCCUAGUGCUGUGUUGUAGGUCUUUCACACCUGGAGUGUUUAUACUGAUACUGUUAUAGUUGAGCACCUUGUCCUUUUUGUUUUCUGAGUCAGAGUAGAACAUGUUGCACUUAAUGGACUAAUAACAAUGCUUUCAUGAUAAUAGGACUAAAUUACAAAUAAGUUGGCAAGAGUAGGUAUUAGUGGAAAUUUUCAAGCAUUGAUUAAGGAAAUCAAAGAGGCUCAUUCAUUAUCUGCUCGUCCUCCAUUGUAUAUCUAGAACCUUAAAGGAAUAAGAGCAAGCACAGAUUUCAGCAAUGACAAUCAAACGUUGCAUCAUCCGGGCGCAUAUGUGCUUGUGCCACAGGCACCAAAGAUCUGCUUUCAGGGAAUGUGCCUUGUAGCAACGGAACUCUGGGAAAUGAUGCUAAAUUGGGGUGCAUUUUUCUUCUAGAUCCGAUGUUCCUAUUUAUACAAAAAGUGUAAUAGACUAGGCGAAAAGAAAAGAAAAAUGACAGAUAUAUGAGAACUGCAGUAGUCUACCAGCCUGAAGAACUGUAAUAGCAGAACAGCAGUAAUGGUUCUGAAGAAGUAAGACUGGAACAUCACUUCUGGGGCAAAAUUAACUAUUUAUAUAAAAGUAAGGGAAACAAGACACAAAGGUACCUUUUUCUAUCUUAAUAACCUACAUGAACAGUCCCUUCCUCAAACGUGUAUGAUAUAUAUAUAUAUAUAUAUACACAUACAUACACACACAUGGGGAGGGGGCAGCUAACACAAACUUGGGAUGCAUUAAGAGAAGCAUAGCACCCAGUUCACAAGAGGUAAUAGUCAGACUGCAACUGCAGUACUGUGUCCAGCUCUAGGUACCACAUUUUAAAAAGGACAUUAUCAAACUGGAGGAUGUCCAGAGAAGGGCAACUAAAGUGAUGAGGAGGUCUGGAAACACAAUUCUAUGAGGCACAGUUGAAAGAGCUAGGAAUGUUUAGCCUGGAGAAGAUGAAGGGGAGACAUGAAACUGGUCUUCAAAUAUCUGAAGAACUGCCAUGCAGAAGAUGGAGCAGACCUGUUCUCCGUUGGUCCAGAGGGCAGGACUAGAACCAAUGGGUGGAAAUUACAAAGGUGUAGAUACUGGUUUAACAUUAGAUGAAACAUCCUAAUGAUAAGAGCUCUUCAACAGUGGAAUAGACUGUCUUGGGAAGUGGUGGGAUCUCCCUCGUUAGAGGUAUUUCAGCAGAGGCUGGUGGCCAUCUGUUAAUGAGUGGGAUGAUUUAGUUGCAUCCUGCAUUGAGCAAGGAGUGGACUAGAUGAUUUCUAAGGAGACUUCCAACUCUAACGUUUUCCACCUUUUUUCUCAACUGUAUCUAUUGAAGGAAACUAUGACACGAUGUAUUAUUAUACAGUAUUUACAACAUAUGUUGACAAUGCAUGAAAUACUAAUUUUGUACAUAACCAAAGUCAUUAACACAAAACAGGGAUUCCUUAUAUUUCACUGAAUGUUGCUAGCAGGCUCCUAGCAAUGCACCAAAGUGCUUUUCAGAAAUGGCUUGGCUUGAUAGUAUAAUAAUUUCCCUGAAGGCUGGCUCCUUCAGUGUAACUAAAAGUCCUGCCAUGUUCUGAGACAAAAGCCUUGAGACUCUCCAAAUGAACAUUUUAUAUUGCCGCCUCUUUUUACGGGCAUUUCAAUGUGAUUUUAUGUAUACAGUACCUGUGUGUCUUCAGUUGAAGCUUUUAACAUAUUGCAUGUCAAAACUGACACAGGGUUGGCAUUGGUGAACCAUGCUGGAAUAAAUUCCAUUGAUAAGACAUUAAA